AUGAAGACUACAAUGAAUGAGAGCGGUGUGUUUGAGUUCAUCCUCCUGGGGCUCCCCAUCAGUCCGGAGGACCAAGGCAUAUAUGAUGCCCUAUUCCUGGCCACGUACCUGACCACAGUGCUGGGAAACUUGCUCAUCAUCUUGCUCAUCAGGCUGGACCCUCACCUCCACACCCCCAUGUACUUCUUCCUCAGCCACCUGGCCUUCACUGACAUCUCCUUCUCAUCAGUGACAGCUCCAAAGAUGCUCCUGAAUAUGCUGACGCAGAGUCACUCCAUCUCAUACUCUGGGUGCAUUUCCCAGGUAUAUUUUUUCCUAUUUUUUGCAGAUCUUGACAGCUUCCUUCUGACCUCGAUGGCCUAUGAUAGAUAUGUGGCCAUCUGCCAUCCACUCCACUAUACCAGAAUCAUGAGUCAGAGCAUCUGUACCCUACUAGUUACUGUAUCCUGGUUCUUAUCCUUUGCUGGUGCUCUUGUGCACACCCUCCUCCUACCCCGUCUCUCUUUCUUUAGGGGAAACACUCUCCACCACUUCUUUUGUGACCUCUCUGCCUUAAUUAAGCUGUCCAGCUCAGACACCACCAUCAACGAACUGGUCAUACUUAUUGUGGGAUCACUAGUCAUCACGGUGCCAUUCAUAUGCAUUCUGGUCUCCUAUGGCCACAUUGGGGCCACCAUCCUGAGACGGCCCUCCAUCAAGGGAAUCUGCAAAGCCUUGUCCACAUGUGGCUCUCACCUGUCUGUGGUUUCUCUGUACUAUGGAGCCAUUAUCGGGCUCUAUUUUGUCCCCUCAUCCAAUAGCACUAAUGACAAGGAUGUCAUUGUGGCUGUGUUGUAUACUAUGGUAACGCCCAUGCUCAAUCCCUUUAUCUACAGUCUGAGAAAUCAGGAUAUGAAAGGAGCUCUGAGAAAUAUGCUCACAAGAGCCACAUCUUCAGUUUGA